CCACCUUUGCAGAUUCCAUAUCGCAACUGGAUCAUUUCUGGCCACACAGGAAUUCGCCAGUAAGACUGUCCAACAAUGGUGGCUGCUAUCCCCAACCACACCGACGACGAGCUGGUCGGGCUCGUCUCUCGUCCUAUCUGGCACAAGUCCAACCGUCGAGCUAUCUUCUUCUGCUUCGUCUUUGUGCUCGGAGCCUUCUUGUACGGUUACGAUGGAACCUACUUCACCGGUAUGCUGGAGAUGCAGCGUUUCAAGGAAGACUUUGGUGAUUACGAUGCCACCACGGGGACCUACGAGAUCAAAUCGACCUACACCGCCGUCUUCGCGUCGAUCGUCCAAGCCGGAGAGUUUGUCGGAUCCUUGAUGGCUUCGGUCUUGGGUGACUAUCUCGGACGAAAGGGAGCCCUCUGGACCGCUGUCUUGAUCGUCACCAUCGGAUGUAUCCUUCAACUCAUCCUUGUUGGAUCGGUCUCGCUCCUCAUCGUCGGUCGAUUGAUCCUCGGUAUCGGUGUCGGUAUCGUCUCGAACUGUGUGCCCAUGUACCUGUCCGAGAUUCCUCCUGCCGCCAUUCGUGGUUCGAUCGUCUCGACCUGGCAGUUGACUUUGGCUAUCGGUCAGGUCAUUGGUGCUUGUAUCGCUCAAGGAACUAAGGACUAUGAGAGCACCUUUUCGUGGCGAUUCCCCGUCGCUUUCAACAUUGUCAUCACUCUCGCCAUCGGCAUCGGCUUGCUCUUCGUCCCCGAGUCUCCCCGAUGGCUCACCCAGAAGGGCAAGGAUGACAAAGCCUUCCGAGCUCUCGAAGCCAUCAACAAGAACAACGAGGACCUCGAUGCCGAGACCGAGCUGGGAAUCCUGAUCGCAGCUAGAGAAGCCGAAGCCAACAACGAGGGCAACCGAUCCAGGUGGAAGGACCUCUUGUUCGUCCCCGCUGACCGAAGGCGAUUCAUUUGUGCCUUUGGUAUCCUCUGUUGUCAACAAAUCUCGGGAGUCCAGUUCAUCUUCUCCUACGCCACCCGAUUCUUCACCGACAUUGGUCAGACCAACGCUUUCUUGUACACCAUCAUUGUCGACAUCAUCGAGGUUGUCGGUGUCAUCAUGUCGCUGUUCAUCGUCAACCGAUUCGGCCGUCGUCCGCUUCUCAUCGGAACCGGUAUUUUCAUGACCUUGACCGAUAUCGUCAUUGGAGCCAUCGGUAUUGAGAGGGAUCGAAGCGCGCCGAUGAACACUGCCAUUGUCGCCAUGAUCAUGCUAUACGUCUGGGCCUUCAACUUGGCCUGGGGACCCCUCGCAUGGGCUUGUGCAACCGAGCUUUCGCACGGAAAGAACAAGACCAAGAUCAUGUCUGUCGGAACUGCCGGAUUCUGGAUCUGCGCUUGGGCCGUCACCUUUACUCUACCGUACUUGUUCGAUGAAGAUCAGGCCAACCUUGGUCCUAUGGUCGGUUGGAUCUACGCCGGUGGUGGAUUGAUCUCGGUCUUGUUCGUCUACUUCUGCAUUCCCGAGACUCUGGGACGAAGCCUCGAAGAGAUCUCGGUCAUGAUGGACUUAGGCGUGCCCACUCGAUCCUGGACCACUUACCGUGUCGGCAACGUCGAGCAGAACUUCGGCGACGACGAGUUCCGCUCUGCUGCCAAGCGGGGCAAGAUGAACCGUGGCCAGUCUUAUCACGUCGAGAACCCUACCCAGGGCAAGGAGGAGAAGGAUGCCUAGGCGGAAUAACUUGUAAACAUCAGAUAGAUUUUCACUCAUGUAGCAUACAAUUACCGAAAUAAUCGCA